GGAGGCUGGGCUGAGCCAGAGAUGGAAUGAGCAACAUCACUAAAAUAGGAAGCCGGCAUCUCGCCUCAGUAGUGAAGCCUCGCCUCAUCGCCAAGAGUUCGUGCCUUGGAACAAAACCAAGAUGAUCGCUUCUCAUCUCAUCGCGUAUUGCUUCACGCAACUGAAACAUGACCAACUGCAGAAGACAGACAAAUUCCUCUACCACAUGCGGUUGUCGGAUGAAGUUCUGCAUGAUAUAUCUGAACGCUUUCUAAAAGAGAUGAAGCGAGGACUUGGCAAAGAUACCAAUCCGACGUCAUCGGUCAAGAUGCUGCCUAGCUUUGUCAGGUCAACUCCUGAUGGGACAGAGAGUGGAGAUUUCCUAGCACUAGACCUGGGUGGCACUAACUUCCGUGUGCUGAGAGUGAAAGUUUCGGAUAAUGGCAAGCAAAAGGUGGUGAUUGAGAAUCGGAUUUGUUCCAUUCCAGAGGAAGUCAUGCACGGCACGGGCACACAGCUGUUUGAUCACAUUGCAAAGUGCCUAGCGGAUGUCAUGCGAGAACUGGACAUCAAGGAUACAAAGCUUCCUCUGGGCUUCACAUUUUCCUUUCCCUGCCAACAGUCCAAGCUUGAUGAGAGUAUUUUGCUUACUUGGACCAAAGGAUUUAAGGCAAGCGGUGUUGAAGGACAAGACGUAGUCGGCCUAUUGCAUAAAGCUAUCGAUAGGCGAGGGGAUUUUGAUAUCGAUAUUGUUGCUGUGGUGAAUGACACAGUGGGCACCAUGAUGUCUUGUGGCUAUGAAGACCACAACUGUGAGAUUGGACUCAUUGUUGGUACUGGCACAAAUGCUUGUUACAUGGAAGAGAUGCGGCACAUUGACUUGGUAGAAGGAGACGAAGGGAGGAUGUGCAUCAAUAUGGAGUGGGGCGCAUUUGGUGAUCAGGGAGAACUGGCUGAUGUUAGAACAGAAUUUGACACAGAGAUUGACAGUGGGUCCAUCAAUCCAGGAAAACAGCUGUUUGAGAAGAUGAUUAGUGGAAUGUAUAUGGGCGAACUUGUUCGACUUAUCUUAGUGAAGAUGACAAAGGAUGGUCUGCUGUUUAGGGGAAAGCUCACACCACAACUGCUCGUCAAAGACAACUUUGAAACCCAAUAUGUCUCAGCAAUAGAGAAGGACUCUGAUGGACUGCAGAGGGCACAUGGUGUUCUAACCAAACUGGGUCUGGAGCCAACAUCAGAUGACUGUAUAUCAUUACGCCGGAUUUGUAGCAUAGUAUCGACCAGGUCGUCCGACCUCUGUGCUGCCGCACUUGCCGCUGUGCUGAGGCGCAUCCAAGAAAACAAAGGACUCCAGAGAAUGCAGACCACGAUUGGUGUGGAUGGGUCUGUGUACAAGAUGCACCCCCAGUUUGCCAGACGGUUAAACAAGACAGUGAAAAGAUUGGUCCCCUCCUGUGAAGUUCGUUUCUUGCUCUCUGAAGAUGGCAGUGGAAAGGGUGCUGCCAUGGUAACGGCAGUGGCCCACAGGCUUGAUAAGCAACAAAAGAUGAGGGACGAGUGUCUGUCCACAUUCAAACUGAGUGAGAAGCAACUACUGGAGGUGAAGAGUAGGAUGAGGUUGGAAAUGGAACGGGGCCUGAAGAAAGCAACACACUCUAUUGCAACUGUAAAAAUGUUGGCAACUUAUGUGCGGGCAACACCGGAUGGAACAGAAAAGGGUGACUACUUGGCACUGGACCUUGGGGGUACAAAUUUCCGUGUGCUGCUUGUGAAGAUUCGUGAUGGGAACCGUCGAGCUGUGGAAUUGCACAACAAGAUCUACACUAUUCCUAAGCAUGCAAUAGAAGGAACAGGGGAGGAGCUCUUUGAUCACAUUGUUCAGUGUAUUGCUGAUUUCCUGAAGUAUAUGGGGAUUCAGGGCUCCAGGCUUCCACUUGGCUUCACCUUCUCUUUCCCGUGCGAGCAAAGAACCUUGGAUCAGGGAAUUCUUUUAAAUUGGACAAAAGGAUUUAAAGCUACUGGCUGUGAAGGUAAAGAUGUCGUAAACCUCCUUCGAGAAGCCAUCAAGAGAAGAGAGGAGUUUGAUUUGGAUGUUGUGGCCAUCGUUAAUGACACAGUGGGAACAAUGAUGUCCUGUGGCUAUGAUGAUCCCCUCUGUGAAGUUGGCCUCAUUGUAGGAACUGGGAGUAAUGCCUGCUACAUGGAGGAAAUGAAGAAUGUGGAAAUGGUUGAUGGAGAUGAAGGAAGGAUGUGUGUUAACAUGGAGUGGGGAGCAUUUGGUGACAAUGGCUGCUUGGAUGACAUCAGAACUGAAUUUGAUCUGGAAGUGGAUGAAAAUUCACUCUACGCUGGGAAGCAGAGAUUUGAAAAGAUGAUCAGUGGGAUGUAUUUGGGAGAGAUUGUCCGUAACAUCCUAAUCAAAUUCACAAAGCAAGGUCUGCUGUUUCGAGGGAAGAUCUCAGAAAGGCUCAAGACACAAGGCAUUUUUGAAACUAAAUUCUUGUCUCAGAUUGAGAGCGAUCGACUGGCAUUGCUUCAGGUCCGAGCCAUUCUGCAACAGUUGGGACUUGAGAGCACCUGUGACGACAGCAUCAUCGUCAAGGAGGUGUGUGGGGUAGUCUCACGUAGAGCGGCUCAACUCUGUGGUAUUGGAUUGGCGGCAAUCGUCGACAAGAUCAGAGUAAACCGUAACUUGGACAACCUCAAGGUCACUGUCGGAAUUGAUGGAACGUUGUACAAACUGCAUCCGCACUUCUCUACAAUAAUGCAAGAGACAGUCCAACGCAUGUCCCCUAAGUGUAAGGUGUUGUUCGUGCAGUCAGAAGAUGGCAGUGGCAAGGGAGCAGCUCUAAUCACUGCUGUUGCCUGUCGCCUCCGGGAGGCCGGCCAACACUAAACGUAAACUAGAUGUUUCUGCUCCAUCUGCACUAGGAACAUCCCCUCCUUUUUUCCAAACCAUGUCUCUUAAAAAUAUUACUGAGCGCAGUUGAGGUGUGCAGUUUGUACUGUAUGUCAGAAUGGAAUUACGAUUGCUGCUGUCAUUCUCUAAUGCGUCAACACUUGGCCAAUGAGGGAUGCUGACUAGAAACUGCUCUCCCUCUCCACCCAGAUCUCAGCCUCCUUCAUCAAGUCAAUACCAAUUCCAUCUUGCCCUUCUCUUUGUGGUGACGAGCUAAACAUGAUUGGGACUUUGCAGUCACUACUUUUAGCUAAACAGAACUGGUUUAGGGUAAUAAGUUAUAAAUAUUUCAGAUCUACACUUGUUAUGAAUGGGAAAGUGGUGGGUGAGGGAACAGUGAUAGUGGGAAGUGUGCUCAUAAGACCAUGUUCUGCAUAAGGCAACUCAGGAGUUUAAGGUAAUCUUUUUGAAAAUAAUUUGUUUGUAAGGUAUGAAAUUGUAUUUUAGUUCCUGAUGAUGCACAUUGGUUCUGAACAUAAAUAGUGUAAUCGGCAGGUUCAGAAGAUGAGGGACUUUCUUGGAUAGACUCUCAAAUUAAAUUCUAUCUUCCACGAUGUUGCGUCAAACAUUGAUGGCUAAUCGAAGUCGAAUGUUAAUUAAUCUCCCAUUCUUACUUGUUUACAUUAACAACCUAUUGUCUUGAAUAGGUUAGUUCCAAAGAUCAUUACAGCGUUGGUGUCAAGAUUGGAAGCCAAGGUCAGAUUAUAUCAGCUGGUUGUGUAUGGGGCAACUUUGAGGCUUUUACUUCACACUGGCAAAUGAGGGAGUUUAUAUUGUUGACAGUGGAGUGAUUUAAUAGCACACAGAGUCAUCUCAAAGGCCAUCUAUGUUUAUAAAAUGAUUGAUUCACAAAUCUUUGAAUAUGCCACCCACAUAAGAAAUUGUGGGGACAAACUACUUUUCUGUGUCACCUUGCCAUUUACUGCUGGGAUAUUUGACAAAUUUGGUGAAAAUCUGCAAAGAAAGGCGAUUCAGAUGUUAAUAUCUUUAAAAGUAUUGCUUAUUAUAUGUUCAAUAAGUGCAGAACAAAUGUGUGGAAUCAUCCUCAGCUAGGCACAACUUUCUCUUAUACCCACAGUAUAUUUUCAUGUGAUUGUAACUGAUGCAAUGGAACUUCAAUUGCGCUUGUGUAUGCAGUGAGUUAUUACUGACUCACUUGAGUUUGAGCAUUGCACAUUUACAAUUCUAGUGCAUUGUAUCUAAAUCCAAAGGAUGUCUCAGCUA